UUCAAGACGCAGAACAAAGGUUGGGGCAUCCGUUGCCUGGACGACAUCGCCAAGGGCUCCUUCGUCUGCAUCUACGCCGGGAAGAUCCUGACGGACGACUUUGCGGACAAGGAGGGCCUGGAGAUGGGCGACGAGUAUUUCGCCAACCUGGACCACAUCGAGAGCGUGGAGAACUCCAAGGAGGGCUACGAGAGCGAGGCCAAGUGCUCCUCCGACAGCAGCGGCGUCAACCUGAGGGACAACGAGGACGACAACUCUGGCACGGAAGAAGCCGAGGAGUCCAACGAGGAGAGCUCGGACGACAACUUCUGCAAAGACGAGGAUUUCAGCACCAGCUCGGUUUGGCGCAGCUACGCCACCCGCCGGCAGACCCGCGGCCAGCGCGAGAAUGGCCUGUCGGAGACCGCCUCCAAGGACUCUGGGCCGGCCCGGCUGGCCGGCCACGAGGAGGCCGCCCCUUCCUGCAAGCCCCCCGUCUCGGAGGAGACCUCCAAGAACAAGGUGGCCUCCUGGCUCAGCUCCAACACCGUGGCCGAUGGAUACCAGGACAGCGACAGCCGCUCGUCCUUCCGGAUGCAGGAGGCGGCGGCCGAGGGGAAGCCCCCCGUGAAAGGGGAGCCCCCCGUGAAGGGGGAGCCCGGAGAGGGUGAGAAGAGCGCGACCCCCGGACUCCUGCCGGCCAAGGAGGAGCCUGGCCUGGAGGGGGAGAUGAAGGUGGUGAAGAAGAAAGAGGAACCGGACGAUCCGGGCAAACCCACGCCCAGCCACACCACCAGAGUCUACGGCUACAACCCCAACCCCCCCAUCCCCGAAGGGGCUCGGCGGCCCCCCAGCAAGACCACCUCCCAUCAGAGCCGGAGGCACUCCGAAGGCCAGAACCCAGACCAGGACGUCCUGAUGCUCUCCAGCAGCACCGACAGCGACGGAGACAACAUCCGGCCGGCUUCGGGCCCCGUCCAGGUCAACCACACCAACGACAGCGACGACAUCCAGACCAUCUCGUCCGGGUCGGAGGAAGACAUGGCCGGCAACCAGAAGAAGAAUGUCCCUUCCAGGAUGGGCGCGACAAAGAGGCAGGUGGCCGUGAAAUCCACCCGGGGUUUCGCCUUGAAAUCCACGCACGGCAUCGCCAUCAAGUCAACCAACCUGGCUUCGGGGGAGACCGCAGCUAUGCGUCGGAACACGCGGCAGUUUUACGACGGGGAAGAGUCCUGCUAUAUCAUCGACGCUAAGCUGGAGGGGAACCUGGGACGCUACCUCAAUCAUAGCUGCAGCCCCAACCUCUUCGUCCAGAACGUCUUCGUGGACACGCAUGACCUCCGCUUUCCCUGGGUGGCCUUCUUCGCCAGCAAGAGAAUCCGGGCCGGGACGGAACUCACCUGGGAUUACAACUACGAAGUCGGAAGUGUGGAAGGCAAGAAACUGUUGUGUUGUUGCGGUGCCAUCGAAUGCCGAGGCCGCUUGUUGUAAAAAAAGUUGUGUUAUCCCCCCCCCCCCCCCCCCACCGGGGAAGAGACCUCCCUUUUCCAAAAACCGACACCGCCCCUCCACCCCCGGGGGGGGGGGGGGGGCGCCCCCCCCCCCCCCCCCCCCCCAUCCUUCGCCCCCUCUGUGAGUUUCCGUGGUUUGCGUGUCUUCUUCGCUCCACGCGUGUGCCGAGUUGAGCACAGCGGGGGCCCUGCGGGUGAACGUUUCCAUGUUGAGUGUUCCCCCCUCCCCCACGCACUCACCCCCCCCGCUGGAUGUUGUAAGGCAAUAAAGA